UGUUUCGUCCUCUGCUGCCUCUGCUCAAGAAUCAUGUUUUCAUCCAAAGAAAUGCCUUCGCCAUCGUCUAUGUUCGCGGCGUACGCCUCCAUGACGGCGUCCGUCAUGCUUUUCAGGUCGAUGGCUAAUGAGUUGAUUCCUUACCCUAUAAGGAACUACCUUCUUUCUACCUUCCGGUGCUUCUUCAAAGCCCGUUCUCCAAGACUCACUCUGGUCGUGGAUGAAAAUGCCGGCAUGUCAAGAAACCAAGUUUUUGAUGCCUCCGAAGCUUACCUCUGCACCAAGAUCAGUCCCAACACCGAAAGGCUCAAGAUUAGCAAAACUCCCAAGGAGAAGAACUUGACGAUUCGGCUCGAGAAGGGUGAGAAGAUUGUUGAUUUCUUCCAAGGGGUUGAGAUAAAAUGGCAAUUCAUUUGCUCGGAGGGGGAAAAGCCUAACCCCAACGAGCCAACUCCGCCGAAAGUCGAACGGCGAUCGUUUGAGCUCAGUUUCCACAAGAAAGACAAGGAGAAGGUUCUGGAUUCUUAUAUUCCGUUCAUUCUCGAGAGGGCAAAGGUAAUCAAAGACGAACAGAGGGUUCUCAAGAUGUUCACGCUGAACAACUCACCGAUCUACGGUGGAAUCAAGUGGGACUCGAUCAACCUCGAACAUCCGGCGAAGUUCGAGACCCUGGCCAUGGACCCGGAGCUGAAGAACGACAUUUUACAGGAUCUGGACAGGUUUGUCAAGAGGAAAGAGUUCUAUAAAAGAGUGGGGAGAGCUUGGAAACGUGGGUAUCUGUUGUAUGGUCCUCCCGGUACCGGAAAAUCAAGUUUGGUUGCUGCCAUGGCUAAUUAUCUCAAGUUUGAUGUAUACGACCUUCAGCUAGCGAAUAUAAUGCGAGAUUCUGACCUCAGAAAACUGCUGCUGGCUACCGGCAACAGAUCAAUACUAGUGAUUGAAGAUAUUGAUUGCAGUGUGGAUAUACCAGACCGCCACCAUGAAGAUGGACGGAAACAACCCGAGCAUCAUGUACAGCAACUAACUCUUUCCGGGCUACUCAACUUCAUUGAUGGACUAUGGUCUACUUGUGGAGAUGAGAGAAUCAUCAUAUUCACCACUAACCACAAGGAGAGGUUAGAUCCAGCUUUGCUGCGUCCCGGGCGCAUGGACAUGCACAUCCAUAUGUCCUACUGCACCCCACAAGGCUUCAGACUUUUGGCGACAAAUUACUUGGAAAUCGGCUACCACCGUUAUUUCGGGGAAAUUGAAGACUUGUUAAAGACAACGGAGGUCAGUCCAGCACAAGUUGCAGAGGAGUUGAUGAAGAGUGAUAAUGCUAAUGUUGCACUUGCUGGACUUAUCAAGCUUCUAAAGAGGAAGAACUUGGAGGGAGAUGAAACAAUGGAUGAAGAUGAUAACAAGUAUGGAAUUCAGAAAGCAAAGAGACAGAAACUUGACAAGAAGCCUAGAAAGUCUACAAGGGUCAUUGGGAGAAGGGUUUCCAAGAAAAAGAACUAAUUUUUUCAUUCCAUUAAUAUGUAAUAUGUACUCCCCCCCGGUCCUACUCCCACAAUAAUAAUAGAUGUUUUAUGACAUU